AAGGAAUAAUACAAAUGAUCUAACAGUGUAAUAGAAAAUAAUCCCUGAUUCAUUCACAUUCAGGAAAAAACUAAACAUAUCUGCACCAUACGGGGCUUUGACUCAGCAUCUAAACGCAGACAUUGUGGAGAUGAGCUGCAAAACAAGCCUGAAGAAAAACAGCUGCAGCUCUGGUCUUUAUGGACCCGUCCUGAGGAAAUGGACUCUCAGUUCACUUCAGGUUUGCUGUUUUAUCAAACAAAUGAUUUCAAUCUACAUAAAUUAUAAGAAACAUCUUACAGACACCUGACGUACCUUAAAGUAACCAUGGUUGACCACAAACAGCGACUUCUCUUGCGAAUGUCUAGGUAACCAUGGCAACAAUAAACAAACGGCAAAAGCGGCGUUACAGGUUUCUCAUUGCAUCUCAAUCUUUAGAAAAACUACACAGUGUAAAAAAAGAGAGCGAGGCCUCUUGUUUGAUGUGAGGAUCUAUUAUUCAUGCCUGAGCUGCCGACCAGCAGCAGGUUCUGCUGGGAGGAACCGGCCCGCUUCCCGCUGCAGGAGCAGAUCAACAGCCAUGAUGGUGAUGCAGCAGAACCUUCAGAACCACAGCUUGGACUUUUAUUCACAUGAAUUUGGACAUCGGGCUGAUCGGACCCGACAGGAACUGGAAGGGGAUCGGCAUCUCGCUGAUGGUCAUCAUGGCCAUCCUUUCCUGCAUCGGCCUCUCCAUAGUCCUGCUGUCUCAAGAUGGGUCAGGUAAGCCGCUGGUCACGCCGCUGGCUCUGGAUGACCUUUUCCAGAAGAGCUUCCAGAUCCACAAUCCGGAGGCAAAAUGGAUCAGCGCGCGGGAAGUCGUCUACCGCAGCUGGAACGGAGACGUUUUCAAACUCAACGUCGACAGCAACGAGACCGAGCUGCUGCUGAAAAACUCAACGUUUGCAACGUUUAAGGCUACUAAGUUUGCAGUUUCUCCAGACAAGAAGUUUGUUCUGCUGGGAUACAACGUUCAGCCGGUCUACAAGCAUUCCUUCCUGGCGUCCUUCCUGAUCUACGACCUGUCCACCAGGGAAGUGUGGGAGCUCAACCCACCGGAGGUGUCAGACUCCGUCCUGCAGUUCGCCUCGUGGGGCGUUCAGGGCCAGCAGCUGCUCUACGUCUUUGAAAACAACAUCUACUACCAGGCCAACAGCCGGAGUUUCUCCUGGAGGCUGACCUCGUCCGGACAGGAAGCUGCCAUUUUCAACGGCAUCGCAGACUGGCUUUACGAGGAGGAGGUGCUGGACUCCCCGGUGGCCCACUGGUGGUCCCCUGAUGGCUCCAAGCUGGCCUACCUCACCAUCGACGACUCGCUGGUGCCCAGCAUGAUGCUACCUCGCUUCACCGGCUCGCUCUACCCACGAGGGACGGAAUACCCCUACCCCAAGAUGGGGCAGAUCAAUCCCAGCGUCAGCCUCCAUGUCGUCUCUUUAGACAGCAGCUCUGCCUCCAUCCAGAUCAGGCCUCCUGACAGCCUGGAGAACAGCGAUUUCUACGUCACCAUGGUGAAAUGGGUGACCAGGCAGAACCUGAGCGUCCAUUGGGUCAAUCGAGCUCAAAACAUGUCGAUUCUUUCUCUGUGUGAAGCGUCGUCAGGCGCCUGCGUGACGAAACACUUGAUGACAUCAGAGGCGUGGCUGGACCGGCAGCACCAGGAGCCGCUGUUCUCCAGAGAUUGCUCUACGUUCUUCAUCAGCGCCGCCAUGCGUGACGGCGGCCAUGGCGUGUUCAGCCACAUCGUUAUGAUCUCCAGCCAGUCUGACGGGGAAGAGGUCAAAGUUCAGCAGAUGACCUCUGGAAGCUGGGACGUCUCUGAGGUCCUGUCCUACGAUGAGAACUCCAGAUCAGUAUAUUUCCUGAGUUCAGAAGAAGGAUCGACUCAGCAGCACCUGUACAGGCUCUCUGUGUUGAAUGGUUUCCAUAAAGAAUGUCUGAGCUGCUCUCUGUUCAGACCAGAAUGCAGCUUCUACCAGGCCGCCGUUGCUCCAGACCACCGACAUGUUCUGCUCAGCUGCACAGGUCCGGGGAUUCCUCAGACCUCCGUCCACCGGCUGGACGACCUGAGCAGAUUUACGACUCUGGAAAGAAACGCAGAGCUGAGACGGGUUCUGACAAACAGAACGGUACCGAGGGCGGACCGGAGAACCAUACAGAUAAAUAACUCUGGAUUGGUUCUGGAGCUGCUGGUUCCGUCGGAUCUGGACGAAUCGACGGAGCAUCCGCUGUUACUCCUGCUAGACAGCGCCCCUGGUGGCCGGGUGGUGAGCGAGCGUUUUUCUCUGGGUUGGGAGUCGGUUCUGGUCAGCUCUGAUCGGGUCGUGGUUGCCCGUGUGGACGGGCGGGGCAGCGCCGGCCGGGGUCAGGAUGUCCUGCAGGCCGUCUACCAGAACCUGGGGGUGGUGGACGUUCAGGACCAGAUCGCGGCGCUGCGGCAUCUGACGAAGCUUCCCUACAUCGACCGCAGCCGAGUGGGAGUUUACGGAAAGGCGUAUGGAGGCUUCCUGUCGUCCGCCCUUCUCCUGACCUUCAGCUCAGUGAUUAAAUGCGGCGUCGCUGUGGCUCCAGUUACCAACUGGAAACUCUGUGGAUCUGCCGGUUCUGAGCGCUUCUUUGGUUUUCCUGUGACAGCGGAUCUGAGCUACCAGCUGUCCAGUCUGAUCCGGGGCUCCUCAGGGCCCGGUCCCCGGGACUUCCUGAUUGUCCACGGCACGGCCGACGCCUCUGUCCACUUCCAGCAUUCAGCAGAGCUGGUCCAGCUGCUUUCAGCCCGAAACUUUAACUACACCCUGCAGAUCUUCCCAGAUGAAGGUCACCAUCUCGUCAGAGUAAAGAGUCGGCGCUACAUGCUAGCCUCGCUGCUCAGCUUCUUCAGACGCUGUUUUGAGGAGGAGGCGGCUGUUGCCAUGGAGACGUCUAAAGAGGACGACUGAUGCCUCAAAGGAUCACGACCUUUUGACGUCACUUCAGUCUUUAUGUCACAUUUAAAAGAAGAAACACCAGAAAUGAAAAAUAACCACCUCCCAACAGCUGCAGCAGAACUUUAGCUCAUUAAUACUGUUAUUAGUUAUUAUUACAUUUUAUUAUUAUUGUUAUUCAGUUUUAUUAUUAUUAUUCAUUGUUAUGUAUUAUUGUUGGAUCAUCAGAACAUUCUGGCAGCGUUAGCCUCCAGAGAGCGCAGCUGGACUCUGAUGAUGUCAUCAAACUGCGACGCUGCUUCCUGCUGCAGAAAUUCUAUUUUUAUUGUUAAUUUGUUUUAAGAAAAUGUAUUUAUUAAUAUCAACAAACAUGGUAUCGGUAUCACAUGUACUCAGAUCUGAAAAACUUGAAAAGGCCGAGAAACAGAAGAGACAAAAGAACCAAACAUAAAGAACAAUAAAAACAACAGAACAUAAAGAACCAGCCAUCAGGGAUUUUCAGAACUAUUAUGAAAAGUUUAUGAAUCAAAGUGUCAUCAAUCUCGUUCCCAAACCCAGAAAAGAUAAAAGUCUUGAUAUUUUAAGGCCGAUAAAAAUAAAUAAUGAUUACAAGUAUUCAGCUUGUAAUCAUAGAAAAUGUAUGAUUUUCUAUCAUAAAUUCAUGAUAGAACAUGAAUUUAUGUUCAAAGCUUUAGAUUUAUUUGGUAUGGAAAUAAAUGUAUUAAUGUAAUUAAAACAUUUGACAAAGAUUCAAACAGUUCAGUUGUCGUCCUCAUGAGGUUUAACAACGGUAGAAAACCAGGUUGCCUCGUCUCUCCUUUGCUGCAGAAAUACUUUCCAUAUCAAUUAAAAUUGCUCCAUUUUUAAUUAUUGGUUCCAGGCGAAGAGUUUUCUGUCAGCCAGCUGACGACUCAACCGUCUCCUUAAAUGUCCUGCUGCAGAAAAUGAAGGAAUUCUGAGAUUUUCCUGUUUGUGGCCCGAACCAUCGGAACCAGAACGCGGCGCCACGCUGCCGGAUGAUGCGUUUAAGGACCUAGAGUGGUGGGAGUUUCCUGUUCUUUCUUGUAAUCUGUUUUUAUUUUCAGAAUAAAAGCCCAUAAUGUGAAAAAUGUUUGCAAUAAAAGAUGGAAGUUAUGAUUCAAACAGUUCUUCCUGCUGAGGAGAAAUUAAUCUGGAUUAUGGCUUCGGCAGCCGGUCGCAGACACCAUCAGGCUCCGGCUGAUCGCCCCAGAACACAGGAACAGGAAGUGUUUGUCUGACCUUUGACCCUGGGCUUUACUUGUUCUUGUCGGGUUCUGAAAUAAACUGGAAAAUCUU